CUGCCCCUCAUAGAUUUCGCGGAAAACUCGAGAAAAUGCCCAUUUCUUCUGGUACAGCGUCCUCGGUCCCAGUGUGCAGCGGCGAAAGGAGAGUGUGCGUGACCCGGCCUGCACUGCAUCCUCUUUUUCCAGUCAGUUCAGAAGAGACGGCAACUUCCCCGACAUCGCCGCGUCCGGAGUUUCUCGGUGGUCUGCUGUGUCCGUUCCCGUUUUCGUCCACAAUUUCACGCCCGUGAACGUGCGUCACUCUGUGUGUGCUGGGUGUACGCGGCGAGGUGGUAGGGUACGUGAGUCGCGUUUCGGCUGUGUGAGUGUCCCAGACUCCACUCGCGUUUUUGCUCUACUGACACGCGUUUUCCGGAUUCGCCGUGAACAGGGAGCAGCUGUGGCGUUGCCUCAGUCAGAAUGGGCGUUUUGUUUUCAACUGGGCGGUUCUAAUUCGAGGCUCAGAAUCCGCACCGCCCUUGUUUUUCCGCGUUCCUUUUUCCCCUGAGGCAGCGUGCCGCGCUGAACCCCCGGCCUGUCGUUUCCGGAAGGUGGUGUGGAAAAAAAAGCUGACCAAAAGACCGCAAAAAACGCGCAACUCGAGUUCUGCUUCACCCUUAUUUGUUGGAUUUCCCUCGCUGAAUGAUAACGAGGCGUCAGACGGACCGGCAGCAGCCGCUCUCGGUCUUAAAAUGCAGGGUGCCAGUGUGGCGGUGCGAUCCCCGUGUUUUCCGUUGUUUCUCUUUUUCGGGCAAGCUUCCACGCAAACUGCCCAGUGAAAAUCCCCAGCAUAAUUCACUCUUGAGAGUUAGUUGGGCGUUCCGCCGCUCUUUGUAGACAGACCGGCUGUAGGCAUCUGUCACUCGCGACCCGCGAGGUCCUGGGCACGCUGAGAAGUCUGUGGUGGUUUCUCUACGGGAAAAACGCCGAGUCCUUUUCUUUUGUUGUCUUUCUUGUCUUUCUCGCGAGCCACGUUCCAAGCGAAUGUGUGUAGUUCGCUGGCUUUUCCCGAUCUGUUGGUUUCGUCUCAACAGUGCCGGGAGUCCUCGCCCUGUCUGCGCCCAGGCUGCUGUCUCGUCGUCAGGAUAAAGACCUUCUCUGGUGCACUGUCUUCUCCGCAGUUCCUCUCGCGUUCUUCUCAGUUUCCUUUGCUUCCUCUGUUGACUUCUGUGUCCACGCACCCUGUCUCGGAAGAAGAACUGGACUCCUCACCUGCUCUCUCGGGGCAGUCCUCUUUGUGCGUUCGUCUCGGCUCUCGCCAGUCCAGUUCGGCGUUACUUCGCUCCCUCUGUGGCAGUGCGUUCGCCGCGGAGAGCUGAAGAAACCCAUCUGUGGUUUCGCUUUCCCGACUGCGGGGGCUAGUGGAGAGUGGCACUGUCGCUCUUCCUCUCGUUUCUGGACCUCUUUUCAAUGUAAAAAAGUGCGAUUCGUUGUCGUAUCUCCGGUACUUGCCCUCUGCCCUCUGCUUCUCGCCGCCGCUCCUCGUGCUCUCUCUCUGCAGUGCAUCUCGGGAUCUGCAGACGGCCGCCAAGAGAAGCCGUUCCGCCCCUUCGGUUUCUUUGCUCUGGUGGGUGUUGAAACAACGCGAAAAUGGGGAACUGCGCAUGCCCGCGAAGCCUCAUAGGCGACACCAGCGACGAGGUCAUCUUUGGCCAGGAUGGAAAACGCCAAGGCUUUGGAGGCAAGAUAGGAAGUCGCGAGAAACGCGAAGUGACUUUCGAGAACGGCGCUGUCUACAACGGAGAGUGGACGGGAGAUGUGAGAGACGGAUACGGUGUACAGAUAUGGGAUGACGGUGCCCGGUAUGAGGGUCAGUGGGUGAAUGACAAGGCUCAAGGAAAGGGGAAGUUUGUCCAUGUGGAUGGCGAUGUGUACUUCGGCGACUGGUACGAAGACAAAGCCCACGGCUACGGAGUGUACAACCACGCUGACGGCUCGAAGUACGAAGGUCAGUGGUACGAGGACAAGCAGCACGGCAAGGGAGCUGAACAGUGGCCUGACGGCGCCAAAUACGAGGGCCAAUACAGCAACGGAAAGAAACAUGGAAAAGGCACUUUUUCUUGGGCAGACGGCAGUGUCUACGAAGGCGACUUCGUGAACAACGACAUCCACGGCUUCGGGGUGUACUGCUGGGCUGACGGUCGGCGAUACGAAGGCGAGUGGGAGAAGAACCGCAUGCACGGACAAGGGAAAUUUCAGUGGGCUGAUGGCCGCAUCUACCAGGGCGACUACCGACACGACCAGAAAGACGGGAAGGGCACAUUUUCGUGGCCGGACGGCCGGAAAUAUAUUGGAAACUGGCGAAAUGGAAAGCAACAUGGUCGCGGAACCUACAUCACCUCGAAGAAUGAACAGCGAAACGGAGAAUGGGAAGAUGGUCGCCGGAUCAAGUGGCUCAAGGAGGGCGAGUGAACCCCAGAAACUGAUUCCCACUCUCGGCAGUAGCCGGGAGAAAAUGCUUGCUUGUUUUCGUACCCUUGGGCUGCCCACUCAGAGUGGAGGGUUUCGAGGUGCAUGCAGGCCGAUACUGCAUGCGUGCGUUUUUUUUCUGAGCGGGCGAGUGGGUCUUCGCCGGUGGGCGGGACCCGUGAAUCAGCUGUAUAGUGGAGGAUAGCGGAGUAGUGUGUUGGAACGAGAAACGCGAGACCGAUAAACGGUAAGAGGUGUGCAUCAGUGACAAGCGUUCGCUUCUGUGUGAAAGUGCAUGCGUGCGAUGGUGGCAGACUGUCUGUGGUUUGUGAAUUUCCGCGGUUGAAGCGCUCAAGGGCGCACGUUUGAGACGUAGCGAGGAUAGGGGAACCUGGAAUCUGUACAGUUCUUGUGGUAAAGACGCGCAAGCCUCCGAACAAACGGAGUCGAGUUUGUCGCAAGAAGCUGCGUAUUCGCGUCCAUUUGAAGAUAUUUUCUCGGGGGAAAACCGAGCGCUCUUCAGAGUUGUGUCUCAUUCUGCACGUUCGCCGGCCGUCUGGCCGGUAGAGGAGUAGUGUUUCGCGCUCGUUUCGCUCCGCAAAACCGACAGUGAAGCGUGCAUUUCGGUGUGCUCUCUUCUUUUUUCCGGUGAUCUUCUGCGUCGGUGACUCGAGUCCCACAAACCGAGUCAACCCAAUCAUGGUCAAAUGUGCCUUUGCUUAACCAUCGGACGGCAGCUUCGGACUCUCUCCAUUUCUCCGUCAUUAUCUCGAUGAGACACUCCUCACAAUUUUUUUCAACUCCCCAGUGCCUCUCCUGCGUCGAACGGGUCUUUAAGUGAUGGGAAGCAGGCG